UCAGCGGCAGAUUGCCUCACCCUUCAAGAGCUGGAGAGGCUCCAGCUGGCAGCAGUGACCAGUGAUCGGCAGGAGACUGCCACAUUCUCCCCGCUGUCACUCCACCGCCCCUCUGGGAUUGGACCCCCCCAUCUCUCGGCAGCAAUGGGCUUGAAUUAUUCCACACAGCUGGACCACAGAAUGCAUGACUACCUGAAAGGUAGGGCCGAUGUGCUCCUGUACGACAUGCGGCCCCAUUGUCGGCGCCAGCGCACAGCGGGUUUUCUCAACCAAGUCUGGAAUGAGGUGGAGCCACGACCAAGCCAGGCACCCCAGCUGCUGAAUAACAAGGAGCUCAGGGAUAAUCAGCAGGCGAUUGCUGAGGGUUACCUACUGCAACACCUGGAAAACAGGAGGAAGUGGAAAGAGCGAUACUUUGUGCUGACGACCUGCUACCACUUGGAGUAUUUUGAAACGAAAGAGGCUGAACAGCGGGGCCUGAAACCUGAGGGCAGUGUGCUGCUGUCAGGCUACGUCUUGCUGAACUCCGUGAUGGAAUACAGAGAUGUGCUGCAUCGGAGCUGGCCACACUUCAAUGGCAUCGCAGACACUUGCUGGGAGGAACAAUACAUGAACUGCCCGACUGGUCAGCUCCUCUUCCUGUGGCACCCCUAUCGGCAACACCUCCUUCUCAGCUUCCACACCACAGAUGACCAUCACAUCUGGAGCACACUUUUUGCUGAUGGAAUUCGACACCUAAACACUGUGCUGUUUAGAAGGGAUUCUUUUGAAGUCCGAGCAUUCCUGGAGGCUGUGCGAGCGUACAGGCAGCAGAGGGGACAAUAUGGAAUCUGUGACUUGUAUUUGGGAUCGGAGACUGAGAUCUUGAGUAACCUGGUUAUGGAAGACUUGUGUCCUGUGUUAGAGUCUCAGCUCAUCCCUCAAAUCAGGGGACCAGAGGCCAAACGGAAACAGACCUGGCUGAAAAUGAUCAGGGAGAUGUAUGCAGUGGUGGAAACCCAUGUGUCUGAGGGGUUCCAGGCUCUGCUCAGGGAGAAUGAAGAGCAAAACCUGCAACUGGAGAAGAGAAUUCGCCCAGACUUCAAUCAAUUCCUCACCUCCAAGAAGCAGCUUCUGGAGAAAAUCCAAGCUUCGUUAGGUGAACAAAUACGUUGUUGCUGCGAGGAACAGGUUCGGCCCCACCUCAGGUUGGCGCUGGAUGGAGCGGCCGAUCCCAUGAUCGCCGGCCUCCAGGAAACCCGAAAACUCUUCUCUGAGGAAGUCAGCCGAGUGAUCAGUAUGGUGAAGAGCGGUGGGCACGGCAGCAGCUCCCUGGCUGAGGUUUGCAGCCAGCUUCAAGCUUUGCCGUAUCAGUCUGUUCAGAUGUAUCACUGCUACGAGAAGGUAGAAAAGUUGGAGCAAUCCUUGAGUGAGCUGGCACCUAAAUUCUCUUUCGCCGGUGUUCGAUUUUUGACCCAGCGAGCGCAGAACAUCAUCCAACAGUUGCUGGAAGAUGCAGUUUAUACCUUUCAACACCUGCUUGUUUCUACACAACCAGCCACCGGGCUCUCCGCUGAAAUCAGCCAACUCCUCGAUAACACCCGAGUCCGAGUACUGAAGAAGUUUGACUCUGACAGCAUUGCAGCUGGGAGGCAGUUUAUUCGGGAUUCCCUCCUGGAACUUUUUCUCCCAUAUGUCCUGAAAACAUUGGAGCCUGUCUGCAAACCGGCUGUGCAAACUGCCUUCCAGGGGCUGCCCAUGUAUGAAGCGUGUCUGUGUGCUGAAGAUGAUGAUGGAGUGAUACGGGUUGAAAGCACCUACAAUGAACUCGUCCUGCAUAUUGUAACAGAGGAAAUUAACAAAGCUAUGAAAGAGACAUCCACACAGCCACGCUACAGCUUGUACAAUGCAAGUAUGAGUUGUCUGUGGGACAAUGAACCCCAACUGGGCAAUGCUGAGAGUCCAAGGAUAUUGCUGGCCGAAGCAACCCACCCAACAAGUCCUGCGGAUCUGCCAGAGCCAGCCUCAGUCAUUGGGCCACUUACAGAACACAAGGAUCAGGCCGAAGCCUCAGAAAACAGUGAGGUUAGCGAGGUGGAUGAUGGAAGACAAUGGCAGUGUUUGCAAGAGGACUGGGACAGUGCUAUUCAGGGCAGUGGUCAGAAUGGUUCAAUCAAGGUCAACAUCAGCCAAUUAGACAAUGAAGGUCUAAAGAAAGCCACAACUCAAUCUGAUGAGCCAGACUUGGGUCUUGUGAAGGAGAUCAUGUAGUAACUGACGGUGGAGGACUCUAAGCAUCCCUUAGAUAACUAUAAUCCUGGAUCAGACCAAAUGGACGAGCUGAGACAGGAAGGCGCAAUGACUAUGAACCAUACUUUGAGGCCACAGUGGGAGAGGUCUCCCACAGAACACAAGAACACGCGAGUUAGGAGCAGGUGUAGGCCAUCCAGGCCCUCGGGCCUGCUCCAUCAUUCGACAAGAUCAUUGCUGAUCUGAUUGUGGCCUCAACUCCACUUCCCUGUCCGUCCCCCGCAGUGAGGCCAUGGUGGGUAGAGGCAAUUAUUUGGAAGUAAAACCACUUAUUUCAUUAGAUAAUUAUGAUAAAAAGUUAAGAGUU